AUGAUUUUCAAGUCCCAGCAACCUGCAAUCUCUGUACCCGAGAACAUUACCAUCUGGGAUUGGCUUUUUGAGUCGCCCGCUUCACCUUUGAGUCAAGACGGAGGCUUGCAUUCUGGGGGUUUCACAAAUGCAGCAACCAAUGAGAGAAUUGCAUAUGAUCAAGUAAAGGAUUAUGCGGUCAAGAUUUCAACUGCAUUGGAGCAGAAGUUUGGAAUCUCAAAGGGAGAUGUAGUGGCUCUCUUUAGUCCGAAUACUGUGUGGUAUCCUGUUGCCAUGUUCGCUACGAACCGCAUUGGUGGGAUAGUUUCGGGGGCGUCGCCGGCCUACAACGUCGAAGAGAUGACGUUUGCGCUUCGCACUGCCCAAGCCAAGGUUCUCAUGACUGCUGCGACGUCUCUAUCUGUAGCAGUUCCAGCUGCCAGGAAUGCUGGUAUUCCCCAAGACCGCAUUGUUCUUCUGGAAGGGAAGCAGGAGGGGUUUACGUCCAUUCAAGACCUCGUUAUCUUUGGGGCCAGUUUGGGAGCGCACCGUCAAGCUGCACCCUUGACGAUUCCUCUAGGACAGACCAACAAAGACCUUUGCGGCUUUUUGAGCUUCAGCAGCGGGACAACUGGUUUACCGAAAGCUGUUAUGAUUGCUCACCACAACGUGAUUGCUCAAAGUAUGCAAGUUGAGCAGAUUACGCCCAAAGAGAACAAAAAAGUCCUUGCCGUACUGCCGUUAUUCCAUAUCACUGGCCUGGUCCAUCAAAUGCACCUCCCAGUAUUUCGAAACGCCGAGGUUUACAUGCUACCUGCAUUCACGAUGAAAGCCAUGCUAGAUACGGUUGUUCAAUACCAGAUCGCAGAGCUAUUACUUGUUCCACCGAUUCUGAUCAGACUGCUUCGGGAUCCGAUCGUCAGGGAGUUUGACCUCUCCCAUAUUCGGAGGUUUUCAUCAGGCGCAGCGCCGCUGUCUUCCGAGGUCAUACAAGAGCUUCAGCGUCGAUUCCCCAAUACCGGCUUCAAGCAGGGUUACGGAAUGACCGAGUCAUGCAGCUGUAUAACGGCGCACCCCAUCGAGAAAUCUACUUACAAGUAUGCGCAUUGCGGCGGGACCAUCGUCGCGAACACCGAGGUGAAGAUCGUCGACCCCGACACAGGCAAGGAGCUUGGCUACAAUGAACCCGGCGAGAUAUUGGCACGAGGCCCUCAGAUCGUCAUGGGCUACUUGAACAACGAAAAGGCAACUGCAGAGACUUUCGACAGCGAAGGAUGGCUACACACCGGGGACGUGGGGUUCAUCGAUGAGGAAGGCUUGAUCACCAUCACUGACCGGAUCAAGGAAAUGAUCAAAGUCAAAGGAAUCGCCGUUGCCCCCGCUGAGAUUGAAGAUCUGCUACUAGGACAUCCGGACGUGGAAGACGUGGCUGUUGGCCCCAUUCCAGAUGACUACACAGGCCAGCGCCCCAAAGCGUACGUGGUCCUGAAGCCGGGCCUUUGCCAGGGAAUGGAUCGAGGAGCCAUUAUGGAGCGCUUGCAAAAGCUCAUGGCCUAUGUGCGUGACAAUAAAGUGCGCCACAAGUGGGUCACGGAGGUCGAAAUAGUGGAUGAAAUACCGAAGAGCGCGAGCGGGAAGAUACUGCGUCGUAUGCUGAGGACCCUGGAGACACGGGACCGCAACGACAGCGAUCGAAUGAUAGUAACCCAACAGGAAAUGAAGUCGAAGUCGAAGCUGUAA